AUGGCCCAGCCCAAGUGGAUGGCCAGCAACGUGGAGUGCAAGCAGCAUUCGAAGCGGGUGCCAGAAAUAAAGAAGUUUGGAGGCAAUGCACUAGAGUUUAGAAGGUUUCUCCGGCAAUUUCAGGCAAAGGUGGUAGCCAAUACGGAUGACGAUGAAGAGAAGAUGAACUAUUUAGAGCAGUUGACACAUGGUGAGGCUCAUAAAGUGGUUUCAGGAUUUAGUCACGUGACUGGAGAAAAGGCAUACAAGGCAGCGAUGGCGCAGCUAGAGGAGCGCUAUGGUGAUAACAAUGUUAUCGCUACAGCCUUUAUCAAGAAGGCACUCGAUUGGCCCAUGGUACGAGCUGGAGAUGCAGAGGCGCUCGACGAAUUCUCCUUGUUCCUGGUAGAAUGCGAGAAUGCUGUGGGGAGUAUUGGUGCAGGAAGUGUCCGGGAGUACUCGGAGAAUGUCAAGAGACUGAUGGGAAAGCUUCCAUUUCACCUACACGACAGAUGGAGGAGCAUAGUUCUGAGAACAAAGGAAGCUCAUAGAACUGUGAAAUUUGCUGACCUCGUUCGUCUCGUGAAAGCAGAAGCAAAGAAAGCCAACGACCCCACAUAUGGCAAUACAGCAGUAGGGAUGCACAUGAGUAAGGAUCAAUCGUUAAACGGUCGCACCACAAUCAGGAUGAAUAACUCUGUUCUCAAUGCUAUUUGUGAAGUGUCAGAGAAGGCCAAAGGCAGUCACUGA